AUGCACUUAUUAAUAAACCAGAAAUAUAAUCACCAACAUCCAUCAAUUAACCAGCAACCAUGUACAAUUAACAUGAAGCAGGUGCAAAUAAAAUCAAUUCUCCUUCUCCGCCGCGCCGGAAUCCUUGGGUCUUCAAAUCAAGUUCUUUCACGAUUCCCUUUCGAAGCUCGAAUUCGUGAGUUCUUCAGACUCAGGGCGUCACACUUGUUCUCCGAUGACGCCAUGAGUCCGCCGAAAAUCGCAGAGAGAAAGGAAUCGCGUUUGGAAGUUGAAGCCGAAGGGCCACUCUCUUAG